UCACUUCACCUACACGGGCAUCAGUUAUCUCACCAACGAGACGGACAGCCUGGUGAUACCCGAGGCGCUGCGCCCGAGCGAUCCCACGCUGUCGAGCUAUCUGACGCGUCGCCAGGGCUGGCUGUCGACGCCCAUCGGCGUCGAGGCUCUCGGCCUGCUGGACCUGGACGAGCCGGCGAACGCCGACAAAGCGCCCAGCGUCGAGUUCAUCCUCGGCGCCGUGACCUUCGGCAGCACCUACUUGCUGCACAAGUCCUUCAACAUGAACGAGACGUACUACCAGCAGGCCUUCGGCAAGAUUCUGUACAAGCACGGCUGGCUCGGUUGGCCCGUGCUGCUGAAGCCCAAGAGUCGGGGCAGGCUGUUGCUGCGCUCGGCGGACCCGCGCGCCAAGCCGCGCAUUUAUCCGAACUACCUGUCGCAUCGGGACGACGUGAAGCAGUCGAUCCGGGCCAUAAGGAAGGUGCUGGAGGUCGGCGGCACCCGGGCAAUGCGGAAGAUUGAUUCGAGGCUGUGGAACUACACGACGCCCGGAUGCGAGUCGCACGCGCCCGACUCGGACGCCUACUGGGAGUGCUCGCUGAGGACCUUCUCGCUGCCCUACUGGCACUUCUCGGGCACGUGCAAGAUGGGCGCCGCGGGUGACAGCUCGGCCGUCGUCGAUACGAAAUUACGAGUGAAGGGAGUGGAGAAGCUGCGCAUAGUCGACGCCUCGAUCAUGCCGAUCAUACCGAGAGCCCAUCUGAACAUACCGACGAUCGCAGUGGCUGAAAAGAUGGCCGACGUCAUAAAAUCCGAUUGGGGCCAGCAGCAGCAGCAGCAGCAGCAGCAACGAGUCGCGGUCGCUUAACGAUACAUAAUAAAA